AGCGGCCGGCGCGGGGUAUUGUGGGGGCCGGCGCAGGCGCACACGUGGGGUCAUCAUGGCGGCGCGUGUCCUCCUGCUCUCCUCGGGCUGCCUCCGGCGCUGCAGCCGCAACAGCGUCUCCUUGUCGCUCGGGCGCCACGGCCUGUCGUUGCCGCCCGCCGCCCGCCUCGGCCACCCGCCCUUCCUCUCUUCCUCGACCCUCCCGCCGGGGCCCGCCAGCCUCACGCCGCAGGUCUCUGGAACGUUCCUUAAGUUAUGUCGCCAUUACUGUGCACCUCCUCUGACCCUGGGUGGCAUCAGAGAGCAGGUCAUUUACGUCCUAAAACUAUACGACAAGAUAGAUCCAGAAAAACUCACGGUAGAUUCCCACUUCAUGAAGGAUCUGGGCUUGGACAGCUUGGAUCAAGUGGAGAUCAUCAUGGCGAUGGAAGAUGAAUUUGGGUUUGAAAUUCCUGAUGUGGACGCAGAGAAGCUGAUGUGUCCACAAGAAAUUAUAGAUUACAUUGCUGAUAAGAAGGACGUGUACGAAUAAUUGUUUGUGUCAAGCCAAGCAAUUCUGUUCUGCCCUGAGGGCUAGGAUUAUGCCAGCAGAACGAUGGGGCCUGGCAAGGAAGCCCUGUGCUGUGUUGAAUCAUUAUUGCGCUCAUAUGAAUAGUUCUGUUGGCUGCUGUAUUUAAAGCUGUAUAAAUAUAUGUUGGCCUUCAAAAUAAAGAUAAGACUAGUACUUCUUUAUUCCAA